AUUUUCAAUACACGGUCAAAUAUUUAUUUUUAUGAAUCUUCUUUGAAAGAAUCCUUGUGUUUCAUGAAAAUAUGUCAUGAUAAUCAAGCGGCUACAACAUUGGUUCCGCCCUGUGUUUCUCCGUACUGUUUUGGAGUUACACCAAGAUGUCCAUGCUGCUGACAUUUGUAGACCAGUGACCGCAGGGAUGGAAAUUUGUCAUUCAUGACAUUAGCGCGUCGGUAUUGACAUAAAUGUAGCACUUUAUAAGACAUAGGUUUGGGGAGUUUUAAUCUAAACUAUGGCUCGGGUUGUGAAAAUGUUCCGUACUCUGCGGAAUCACUGGAAGAAGUCCACAGUAGCUGUGUGUCUGCUGUCAUACGGAGGCCACUGGCUGUACGGAAAGCACUGUGACAAUGUUCUGCGGAGGGAGGCCUGUACCGCUGCCAGGGAAUUUGGGCGGCAACUGAUUCAACCACAGGAGAGGCUGAGGAAAGCAACAGUGAUCUUAAACCCUGCAGCUUGCAGCGGGAAAGCCAACAACCUGUUUGAAAAGAAUGCUGCUCCCAUUUUACACCUGGCAGGUGUGGAGAUUACAAUAGUAAAGACAGAUUAUGAAGGCCAGGCCAAAAAGCUGAUGGAGUUCAUGGAGCAGACAGACAUGCUGAUCGUGGCCGGAGGGGACGGCACGCUGCAGGAGGUCGUCACAGGUUUACUGCGAAGGCCAGAUCAGGACACAUUCAGCAGCACUCCCAUUGGGUUCAUUCCUCUCGGCGAACACAAUUCUCUGAGUCCAAGUCUACAUCAUCUCAGUGAUAACAAGGUCAAAGACAUUGUGUCAGCAACACUGUCCAUCCUGCAGGGAGAAACUGUCCCUCUGGACGUGCUUCAGAUCAAAGGCGAGACGGAGCAGCCAGUCUUCGCUCUGAUGGGUCUACGCUGGGGUGCUUUUAGAGAUGUUGCUGCAACAAUCAGCAAAUAUUGGUACCUUGGGCCAAUGAAGACCGAAGCAGCACACUGGUUUAGUACUCUACGGGAGUGGCCUCUGGCCCGGAAAGUCUCCGUGACCUACACAGCUCCCAGCCUCAGGCCUCCAGAUCUGCCCCCUCAGAAACCCACCAGACCCCACCUGCUGCACCGCAUCAUCCGCAGACUAAAAAACUACUGGAACCCACCCGUUGAAGAGCCUCCAAAGGUGGAAGAGCCAGUGGAGUGGAAGGAGCAGCAGCUGUCGACGCUGGAGCUGUUCGUUCAAACGCACAACAAAAACCCAGUGCAGAGGCGGCUCGAUGAUUCCCUGAUGAUCUCUGCUGAACCAGACGACUUCACAGUGCGCGAGUUCAUCACUGUCGGAAAUAAAAAAGAAGAGGACCCAACAGUUUUCACUAAAAACUCCACCAAACUGGAAGUCAGUGCAUGUCAGCUGCAGCUCCCAGAGGGUGCCGGAGGUUUUUACAACAUCGACAACGAGGAGUAUGAGGCCAUGCCUGUAGAGGUAAGGCUGUUGCCAAGGAAACUACGAUUCUUCAUCAGUGCAGAGCGGAGAGAGCAGCUCCUCUCUCAGACUCAGUGAUGAGAAAAACAUCAGACCCAAAACCCAGACGAGAACAGAAGAACAAACACUGAUUUGAAGAGAAAGAAAAGGACCAGAUGGCAUGAGAGUCAGACGUGGAUUUCUGGUUUUGAGCAGUUUUAAAUCCAGAACUUGUGAUUUAAAUAGAUGUUGUUUUCUACACAUAAAAUUUACAGAAAAUAUAAGUUAAAAAUAUUUUAAAGAAUCAUGAGGAGGAUUAUAUUACAAGCUGUUGAAUAUGAAAGGACCAAGGCUUUGUUUCCAGGUGCAGGUUGUCUUACAACAGACUUUAUGUUUACUGAAUGGUUUACUGUCACUACAUCUGAACGUGGUCAAUAAAAAUGGCUUUCCAAUCACA